UUCUUCUUCUUCUUCUGUUGUUAUUCUGAUUCGAUCUGUUGUUGUUCUGCACUCAAUCACCAUGGCGAUGGAUCCAAACCCCAAAAGUUUCCCCAUCCUUUCCUACGUCAUGGCCCGGAUCCCCUCUCUCAGCCCUCGACCGCCGCCCGCCGGUCCUGGUUCAUCCUCCGCCCACUUCGACAUCGAACAGCCUGCUUCUCCGCCCUCCCGCCACGCCCCGCAUCAUCCCUCCGAUCCUUCCUCAUCCUCCUCUCGAAUCGUUGAUGACAUGCCCCAUCUAUCCGACCCUAAGGUCUUGGCUUCUAUGACCCGCGCUAUAUCUGAUGUCGCUCAGACCCGAUCCGUCCUCAAAACCCUCGGGGAAAGACCAGACCACGAGGCUGUCGAUACUGCCAAGGCUAAGCUCGCUGAAAUAGAAACCAAUUUGUCCGCCAAGCUCCAGGAAAUCGUGCUUUCGUCUAGGCCGGCGGAUGUGGAGUUGCUCGAGUGGAGGGCUCACCUCGCUGAGAAAGAGAACGAGUGCCGGCAGUCGGCGGAUAAAGAGAAGCAGGUGUACAAGGCAAUCAUGCAGCUGGAUGAGAUGCACGAGGCCUAUGAGAAGAUGUUGAAGGAAGCAGAGGAGAGGUUGGUGAAGAUUUACGAAUCGGCGGCUAGAGGAUUGCAGGAGGAAGACUACUUGGAUCCAGUAAGCGAGGAGGCCAAUGAGGAGGUUGCGAGGAUUCUUCAGGAAGCGAACGAGAAGGAGCUGGAACGCAUUAGUCUCUCUGGCCGACGCUUGCGGUUCUUUCCUGAAGAAUUUGGACGCGUUCGAGGAUUGGUCGUGCUUGAUAUCUCCAGCAAUCAACUAAAGGUCAUCCCGGACUCAAUAUCUGGCUUAGAAAAUCUUGAGGAGCUGAAUGCCUCAUCCAAUCUUCUUGAGUCAUUGCCCGACUCGAUUGGCUUAUUGCAAAAUCUGAAACUCCUGAAUGUCUCUGCGAACAAGUUGCAUUCCCUUCCUGACACAAUAUGCAAUUGCAGGUCUUUGGUGGAGUUAGAUGUAAGCUUCAACAGUCUAACGUACUUGCCAACAAAUAUUGGCCUUGAACUGGUGAAUUUGCAGAAGCUUGCAAUCCAAUUAAACAAGAUACGGUCACUUCCCACUUCUGUUUGUGGUAUGAGUUCUUUGCGUUACCUGGAUGCUCAUUUCAACGAGCUUCAUGGCCUUCCUCAGGCAAUUGGGAAAUUGACACAACUUGAGUUUCUCAACCUAGCCAGUAAUUUUACUGACCUUACUGAACUUCCUAAUACCUUUGGUGACUUAACCAGCCUUAGGGAACUCGAUCUUAGCAAUAACCAGAUUCAUGCUCUACCUGAUACAUUUGGCCAUCUCGAGAAUUUAAAGAAACUAAACUUGGAGCAAAAUCCUCUUAUAAUUCCGCCAACGGAAGUCGUAAACAAAGGACCAGAUGCUGUGAGGGCAUUCAUGUCCAAGAGGUGGUUUGAAAUCCUCGAGGAGGAAGAUAGAAAGAGAACUCUUGAAAUGGAAGAACAACAGGGACAGACUGGAUGGCUGACACGAAGCACCUCUUGGUUGAAGACUUACGUUUCUGGGGUUACAGAGACCGUGUCUGGUUUGGUUACUUCUCCAAGAAGUCCAAGAGACCCUUGUCUUGAUCAGCAGCUAUAAUCUGAUGCAGCUCUCUCACCAAUUUUUGUUGCUUCCUUCCCCCACGCUGAUUUUGGGUCCUUGAUGAGAUAUGCUUCGAUCAGGUUCACUGGAUUCUUUGUAGUGUCAUGAGAACUGAUAAACAAACCGAAAUUAUAAGAAAAUUUUGUUUUAAGUUUGAAGGUUGGAUGAGUCUGCAUUCUGCAAUUGUGCGUUUAUAUACUGCAAGUCUACAGCAAUUGAAGAGUCAGGGAAAAUGGUUCUGUUGUUAUACAAUUUUCCCUGGGUCAUAUCUAUGGGCCCAAUUGUACAUUUCUCCUUCUAAUAAGCAUGUUUUCCCAUCUAGCUUGAUCUGAAUAUCUCUUUCACUUUCACUCUAA